UUUUGUGAUAGUCAGUAGGUAUGAUCACCGGACGAUCGCCAGUCAUCAAUCGGUCAUCUGUCAUUCCAUUGUUGCGCGUCAUUUUUAACAGUUUUACUGAUCCAACCCAAAGAAACCGUCAAGUCAUUUUUGUUACGUCCAUACGAGUUGGUGCCGUAGCGAGAAAUAUAUACCUUGUAGCGAUAGUGUAAGGGUACCCGUCCUCGAACGCUUGAAAGUGUGUGGUCGAUAUAGGUAGACAGCCGAAACGAGAACGCGACUAGGCUAUAGCGAAGUGAGCGUAAAUAUCUGUUCGUUCAAAGGCUGCGGGAUCUUGCCAUGACGACGGAAGAACAGUUUCAGGCAGCCGUCAAUGUGAUAAGGAAUCUACCAAAAAAUGGUGCGUAUCAACCUAGCAACGAAAUUAUGCUACGUUUUUAUGCGUACUACAAACAAGCCACGGAAGGACCAUGCCAGCAACCGAAGCCUGCUUUCUGGGAAGUCGUCAGAAAAGCAAAGUGGGACGCUUGGACUCGGUUGGGUAACAUGAGUAGAACGGAAGCGAUGAAUAACUAUGUAGACGAAUUGAAGAAGAUCGUAGAAACGAUGUCGUACACAGACAAAGUGGCCAACUUUUUAGACAGUUUGGAUUCGUUUUGCGAGAGCGUUCCACCCGAGGAUUUGGAAUUACUUCUCGGCCCAGUGUUGGAACGUAUGCGCUCGCAACCAGAUAUGCCGUUAUCCGGCUCUCCCUUAGCGUCAAGAGAAACCUCGCCGCACAGAGCGUGUAAUAUGACCCGGCACAUCGCGAGCAGUUUAGAAACUAGUCCUGCUACCAGCCACAGCGCGACUCCGUUGGACACUGACGGAGAAGAAGAAUUUAUAGAUACCGUUGAAUCUGCCCCGGAGAGGACACAAAAAGAGUCGAUGAAAACGUGUUCGAACGCGAUUGCCGGUGGCCAGAAGAUGAGCAACGGGUUGAACGUCUCCAGCGAUAAAAUAAAUGAGUCGGUCGCCCGCAAAGAGAAUUCUUCGGAGGCGACUGUGAACGGUUACGGUAACGCGAAUGGUUGUAGCGGAAUAGAAACGACGGUAACGGAAGAAACAGGUGCACAGGAGAAGAGCAGAGAGAUCUCAAGAGUGAACAGAGACGAGAAAUUGAAUGCCGAGUUUCUCAAUCAAAUAGCCAGCACUAUGCAAAAUCUGCAAAGAGAUUUAGACAGAAUAACGGCCAGAGUACGCAGCUUGGAAGGUUACACGUUACAAGCGAUGGCUCCGCCCAUAGAACAGCCUACAAUGAUCUCUUGCCCGAAAUGGUGGCCUUUACCGGAGUGUUCGCCACGAUUGUUCGCUCUCUUAAUCGUAUGGCCGUUCGUGGUGCAAUUUCUGAUUACCUUAACGCGGCGUAGUCGGCAGCGGAGUCUGUGAUCGAUGCUCAAUACCUAAUGUUAUUUUAUUCGUACCCUGUAUCCCGCUACUUACUAUUAGAAAACGUUCGAUUCUAUCUAAUUACGCGAGAUAGACGCAUUUCUUUUCCUAUGAGGUUCGUUACCAUUUGGAAACUUUUAUAGAAGGGUAAAUCUUUUAAAUAUAGGCAGGAACGUAAGGCAUUCGUUCUAUGAGAUGUUUGCAUGCGAAACGCGCGCACGUUAAAACUAUGUAGGAGGAUAUAUUUAUUUUAAAUGACCGAGAGAAUCGGGAUGGUGUCCGAUCGGUCUCUGUUCAUUCACGAUCUGUACGUAACAAAUAAUCUAAUCCAUUGCCUAUAAAGGUAACUUAUACGUAUGUAUUAUAAAUAGCGAUCAUAUGUAUCCAUAUAUUGUAAUAUAGAAAGAAAAGAUUAUAUACAAAUUUUAUAUUGUACAUUCAGGUUACGAGAUAAAAAGAAGAUGAAAAGAAGAUUAACUCUAUUGUAAUGUGCAAUUUCUUUUAAGAAAAUUAUUUUAAGUUGUGUGGUCGUUAUCGUUUUCGAUAAUAGGAUCCCUUUCCCACGCAACACUUUUCUGUUCAUUCUUCUAAUUAAGAUGCAUCAUGGAAAUUCUGUACAAAUAUUGUAUAAAGAGACGCGAUUCUUAACUAAUAAUGAUAAUUAGUGUCUGUAAUUAUGCUUUUCGGAAACGUUUUAUUAUGUGCGUGCGUGAGUGCAUGAGUGGAUGGGAGUGAUGGGAUGAGUGGAUGGGAGAGCGAUUAUGAAUUGUCCUGUUCGCAAAUUGAUACUUUUUACUUUGUACAAUUUCAAUAAAAUAUUUCGAAACA